CUGGUCCUCUUCCUCCCCUAAAUUUCAACCUAUUAUUUGAGCUCUGCUUCGCUUGGGAUCCGAUUCGUGCAUGGAAUCCGGGAGAUUGGGUAGCUAGGGUUCUGUUCCAUGGGUGGGUGCUGUGGUUUCAUGCGGAUUGGGGCUUGGGAGAUCCCAAUUACUCUACCGGUGGUGUGCUUUAAGUUAUGGAUUAUGAGGUAUUGAGGUGUGCAUCUCCUGUUAGUCAAGGCUCUCCGCAGCGCCAGCCGUGGGUUGUUACUGCGAUCCGAGGUUGGUGUGCAAAUGUUCAUGGAAAUUGGCCAGAUUAGUCUUAGAGACAAAGUGAUUUGCUUGCAUAUAAAGUUGUUUGCACAGUCGAGUUCCCUGAAUCCGGGGCGAAUUAGAUCGUCCGAGUACUAGCAGUAGUUGUUUGGGAGUUAUACAGUAUCUAUGAUGAAAUGUAUUUGGUUAUAGUAUUUCCAUCUCUGUCUAGUCUUCUGUAUUUCACCAUUCAUCCUUUUUCGAAAAUAUUUUAGGCUCAUGCUCUGAUUAGUGAUUAGCUUAUACAUAUCAGAUUACCAGCUACCUUUGUUCGUCAAAUAUCUUCAAGACUCUGAGCUCGGUUACUAACUUUACAUGCUAUUUGUCUGCUUGUCCUCCAUACUUUUGUGCUGGACGAUGCUGUUAACUUACUCUUGGUGUUUCUCUUGGCAGUGCUGGCUGGACUCGCAUUUAUGUUCUCCACGAGCAUUCUGCUGCAAAUACUGGCAUGUGCUUUGUACAACAACUGGUGGCCCAUGUUAGCAGCUCUCAUGUAUGUUCUUGUACCGAUGCCAUGCCUGUUUUUUGGUGGUGGAUCCACACACUUCUUGACAAGCAGAGAAGGUGGAGGGUGGAUUAAUGCUGCAAAAUUCCUGACUGGUGCAUCUGCCAUGGGAAGCCUCGCUAUCCCAGCUAUUCUGAGACACGCUGGCCUAAUUGAGACUGGUGCCAUGUUCAUCGAGUUCACAUCCUUCUUCAUCCUUGUAUGCACGGUGCUGUGCUUCCAUAGGGCUACCCUAGAUGAAGAUUGGUAAAUGCGCAUGCACGGACCCCUCAAGAAUAGCGAUUCCGUGGCCACUUCUCUCCAUGCUAAGCAGAAAAAUUCCUGUUGGAAGUUAACAUGGAUCUGUACAAAGAAGUGUAUUUGAAUCCCCUGGCUGAUGUUUUAUAUAGGCACUCUUUAAGAUCUGUGGUGAAGCAGAUGUUAUUUCGAUCACUUGACAUCGUAGUCGCAUGUUUCUGUGGUGAAGGAGGAACCCCAUCUGUGCAAAACAUGAGCAAGAGCCUGUACACGAUACACCAUACUUCUUUGGGUGGCCGCUACAUUGCCUUAACAUGUUAUUCAAUGAAGUGAUGGAAACUUGAUGCUGAUA